CAUUAAUAUUUAAAACAGCUAGGAUUCAUGUCAGUCAGAAAAACAUGGACUUCAUGAACUCACAACCCACAUUUAAAAACAUGGAUUCAGUGAAUGUUUCAUCAUGGAGUUUUACAGGGAGAAAAUAAUGGUUUGCCCAAAUUUAUUCGUGGAUGGUUUCACAGCGCCACCUCUGAAGCUGGUAUAAGGGUGAAAAAGCCGGAUGCAGUACUGUUGUGCCUUUAAACUGCUGUGUGCUGAUUAUAUAGGCAUUUCUUAUUGAAAACAACACGACACUGAGAGGACCAAAGUCUAAGUGAGCAAUACAGUAAAAUAAUUUCCAAAUAUAUCGCGGUGUGUGGUAAAAAACUACAGCGAUUGUGAAACAGUUCAAAGUCGCAUAAGCGUAUUCCUAUGUGUAGGUUUACACAGUGAACACUGAGCAGAAUCCGCUUUUGUGCUGUGGUAGUAAGACACGCUCGAAUUUCGUCUCAAUUUUCGAUUCGGAAACACUACCCAUCGUACAGGAUGAAUGCGUCUGCUCUUUGCCUUCUCCUCGUGGUUGCUGGAGCAAUGUCAUUGGGGUCCGCAACACCAGACCCGAAAACGACUACCCCUCGACACCAAACAGCCGCGCCAACGACAACCCAUAGUCUUCCCACUACUGCACCGAAGAUGACCCAUAGUCACCCCACUAUUGCACCAAAGACGACCCAUAGUGAACCCACUACUGCACCAAAGACGACCCAUAGUCACCCCACUACUGCACCGAACACGACCCAUAGUCACCCCACCACAGCAGCAAAGACGACCCAUAGUCACCCCACUACUGCACCAAAGACGACUCAUAGUCACCCCACUACUGCACCGAACACGACCCAUAGUCACCCCACCACAGCACCAAAGACGACCCAUAGUCACCCCACUACUGCACCAAAGACGACCCAUAGUCACCCCACUACUGCACCGAACACAACCCAUAGUCACCCCACUACUGCACCGAACACGACCCAUAGUCACCCCACUACUGCACCAAAUACGACCCAUAGUGAACCCACAACUAUUUCUGAGACAACUCCUCGUGUGCCGAAGACAACCGCUCACCACACGCCCGGCAACACCACCAAGAACCCGGCCCAUACCACCGCUGCGGCUGGUAAUACCACAUCCAAUGCAACCGGUUCAACUGUUCGUACAACUACACCGGCAGGCACUACCAUUCCUAGACCAGAAAAUGUUAUACCCAGUUACCAGUUUAAGAAUGGCAGCGAUCAGGUCUGCAUGUUGUUCAUCUUCAACGCAACGCUGAAAAUAAAAUAUGAAACCACAGACAAUGAGACCGGAGUGGCCACAAUUCCCGUUGGCGGAAAUAUCAACAGGACAGGCAUUGAGUGGACUUUUGACGCAUAUUGCGAGGAAGAGUUAAUGAGGUUUUUCAGACUGUCUGGAAGCUUUGCUGUACCAAACUCCAAUGCGACUGGUUAUGUGUCUUUGGUUUUCCAAUUCGGCAUAACCUCUCUGGAUAUGCAGCACUACGGUUUGGGUCUCCUGACUGCCAGUUGGUCGUAUCUCGAGCCGUUCUUCCCGCGAAAUGUAAAGAACUACGGAGGAAAUGAUUGGGGAGGUUACACCCAAGUGUACACGGGCACAACGGGGAAGACGUUUGGGUGCCAGACCCUCUAUCUGACCAAUCCGAAGAAAAAUGUGACAAUCAUUCUGGAUCACGUGAUGUUACAGCCUUACGCGAACCGUGCCAACGGCUCAUUUGGUGACGUGGAGGAGUGCAAGACAAACCCGACGACCAUGGAGCCGGCCACAUCCAACGCAACCAUGGCCACCAAGGCCCAUCCCCCCACUAAGCCCAGCCCCAACAACGGGGGCAUGAUCGCCGGCAUAGUCAUCGGUGUGUUGGCCUUUGUCGUCCUCAUCAUUGGAAUCGCCGUGUUCGUGGUCAGGAAGCGGAGGAUGAAGGAAGCAGCCUACGGCCACCUCGACGAGGAACACAAGGAUUACGUUCACUAGAUCAGCGUUGGUUUAGACAGGAAAUCUAAAUGAUGAUUUGCAAAUCAGCCACUGAAAUUUGAUCAUUAAUUUACGUACCAUGUACCAACUUACUUUGAAAAUCAAUUCACGUAUUCACUAUACUACACUCAACCAAAAAAGAAAGUCCCCUCUCAAUACUUUUUUGUUUAACUCCAAAACUACUGGGCACCUCUCGCUCAAAUAGCAACUAAUCAGUACAGAAAUUCCUUAGCAAUUCAGCCAUACUCUUCGUUACAACCGGUCAAUUUGUGUGACAUUAUCGGUUAGUGAUACGUUAUCAGUUAGUUACUACAUUAUCAGUUGUAACACUCUUAAUUUGACCCAUAAUGUGAACGAAAUUAUGACAUUUGACACUUUUACACUUUUGUAUACGUGCAAGUUAAAAUUGAACAUUUCGUCUCUAACGCAAUCUUCCAACAAAACAUUCUUUAAAAAAUAAUUUCAAAUUCCUGAACCUCGAAGAACAUGAACCUCGGAGAAGAUAAAAAGACAUAAGUAACAAUUCGCUGGUCCCUGUCGUGUCUCAAAGAUUGUAUAUGGCGGGAACCAGUCUAGCAGAAUGACACUUCGCUGAUGUUCGUGCUGAUUUUCGAGUCGCUGAGCACCAAGUGAUCUCCGCCUGUCUUUUGCUCUUUAUUUUACUAUUGAGGGAGUAGGCCUGCCUAUUCGCAAAAUGCAUAUACCGGUACAGAUUUCUUGGGGUCAAAUUGGCGUUCCAACAAAUCUUGAGCAGUACUGUAGCUGUACAUAACUUAUAUCUCAACAUAGAGGCUGACACAUGUUUCCUUUCUUGGCAGAAUUGACGUAUAAUAACAAUUAUUUUUUUGUUCCUUACUUAACAAAUUAUGCACUUUUGUUAGCCAACCAUUGUAAAUUUUUGGAUUGUUGUUACUUGUGCCGUAUACGGUUUUCAAAAUUCUCAACGCAAGUUAUAUUAACGAAUGAAAGUUGAAGCCUAAUAUUAAUCUGAAGAAUAAUAUUAAUCUUACUCUGUAUAUAAGAGAAAAGAACUGGUAAUUAAUAUUCCUAUAUUUCUUUCUUUGUGUUUUUACUACUAUGCAUUCUUGUUUGCAAAAUAUUGUAAACUUGUAUUGUUCUUCUCUGUGCCGUUUAAUAGUUUUCGAAAUUCUUAACUCAAGUUAUAAAUUAACAAAUGAAAACUUAAGGUUUUGGUAAUUAUAAUAAUUGAGAUAUAGAAAAUUACUGUGUAUGAUUAAAGAAAACAAUUUGCUAUUUACUCUUCUAAUUUGUGUUUUUCAAGAGAAUAAAAUCUCCGUCUUUUGUUUUUGCUAGAAUAUAGUAUGGAAUAAUAAUAUAAAUGUCAUAUGGAACCCGUCCAACCCUUAUUAAAAUUUGUUAGAUUGAAUGCAAAACAAUCUG